AUGCCCCGUUACGAUGCCGUGGUGAUUGGCUCCGGCCAGGGCGGCACGCCGCUCAGCAUGGCCUUGGCCCGGGCCCGGAAGAAGACGGCCCUCGUCGAGGACGCCCACGUUGGCGGCUGCUGCGUCAACGAGGGCUGCACGCCCACCAAGACCAUGAUUGCCUCCGGCCGCGUCGCCCACCUGGCACGCCGCGGGCCAGACUACGGCGUGCACGUCGGCGACGAGGCCGCCAACCGCGUCCACGUGGACAUGCUCAGGUUCAGGCAGCGCAAGCGGGACAUGGUCGCCAGCUUCCGAGCCGGCAGCGAGCGCAGAGUCCGCGACGCCGGCGUGCACCUCAUCGCCGGAUCCGCCUGCUUCCAGGGCGAAAACGUGGUCCGCGUCGCCGGCGCCGACGGCGCCGAGCCCACCACCCUCACCGCGGACCGCAUCUUCAUCUGCACGGGCGAGCGCCCUGCGACCCCCGAGCUGGACCGGUUCGACGCUGCGUCCUUUGCCCCGGGGACGAUUCUCGACUCGACGUCGGUCCAGGAGCUGGACGUGGUGCCGUCGCACCUGGUGGUGGUGGGCGGCGGCUACAUUGGGCUCGAGUUUGGCCAGCUCUUCCGCCGGCUCGGCGCCGCCGUCACCGUUGUCCAGCGCGGCGCCCAGCUCGUUCCGCGCGAGGACGCCGACGUGGCAGAGGCCGUGCGCGCCAUCAUGCAGCAAGACGGCGUCGAGGUCCUGCUCAACACGUUUCCCACCAGCAUCGCCGCCGCCGCCGAUGCCGACGACGCCCGGCCCGUUUCCGUGUCCCUCUCCGGCAGCGGCGGCGGCAAGGUCCUCGCCGCCUCGCACGUCCUCUUUGCCGCCGGGCGCGUCCCCAACACCGACGCGCUCAACCUCGGCGCCGCCGCGAUCCAGACCACCCGCCGCGGCCACAUUGUCGUCGACGAGCAGCUGCGCACCUCCAACCCGCGCGUCUGGGCGCUCGGCGACGUCAAGGGCCCGCCGGCCUUCACCCACGUCUCGUACGACGAUUUCCGCCUCGUGCGCCACAACCUCGUCCAGCAGCGGGAGCCGCCCCUCACCACCGGGAACCGCGUCCUGCCCUACGUCGUCUACACGGAUCCCCAGCUGGCCCACGUCGGCCUGCACGAGCACGAGGCCCGCGCCAAGUUUCCCGGCGCCCGCGUCCGCGUCGCCCGCAUGCCCAUGGCCCGCGUGGCGCGCGCGCUCGAGACGGACGAGCCGCGCGGCUUGCUCAAGGCCGUCGUCGACGAACCCUCGCAGCGCGUCCUGGGCUUCACCUGCCUGGGACUCGAGGGCGGCGAGGUCAUGAGCGUGGUCCAGAUGGCCAUGAUUGCCGGCGCCAAGUGGACCGCUCUGCGGGACGCCGUGUGGGCGCAUCCUUCGCUCGCCGAGGGCUUGAACAAUCUCUGGGGCGGCAUGGACGACGAGGCCGGGGAUUGA